AGAAGAUGGAAACAGAUGUUUGGCGACGUUAAUGAGACUUCUACGUGAUCUUAUUCAACGAUAAUUCGAGAAGAAUAGGCAGCACUUGACACGCUAUCGGUAAAGAAUAAACCGACCUUUCAAUAGUAAACACAAAUCAAUCCAACGCCAUUUCUUCUUGAAGUGAAGAAGACAAGAAAAGAGGCAUCUUUACGUUGAAGAUAGGGCAGAAAAAAGAAAUAUAGAGUUUUAAGAUGGAUGGAGAGGAUAAAAUUUCUCCCGAGCCACAUCCAGACUGGACCAACAGGACUACACAAAACAUUUUGGGAUGGACGUGGUACGCUCACAUAUAUAGUUUUGCCGUCAUUUUCAUCAUCAUCGCUCUUAUCUGUCUCCAUAUGAUCAUUUUCAAAUCAUGCUCAAAUCAACAUAAAUGUUUCGUAAAAUCCUUCAUGCUAUCCUCAAUCACUAUCCUUUGUACAACUCGAGCAGUGAUGCUAUUGUCUCAUCCGUAUUUUUCAAACGAAGACAGAAGUUUAUGGCAGCGAAUAGCAGGCUCUCUCAACUGGAGUCUGGGUUCUACCAGCUUUACGUCAUCGUUGGGAACAUUACUCUACAUCAUUGCAGUUUCAACGCGAAUAACUUCAAAGCAUAGUCAACCACAAUUGGGUCGUUUUGUUUGUGGAGUUACCAUCUCGAACUUUGCAUUCUUCGUCACAUCCGACUUGACAACAAUUGUGUCAACGGACGUAGGAAGAAUCAUGAAAACUGUGUGUCAAAUCACGUUUGCCUUUUGGGGGUUGUUGGUCUCGUUUGGCUUUGCUGUGUUGACAUACAGAUUAAGAAGAAACGGCAAAGCAACUUUCGAGCAACGAAAGAACAACGCAACGAUGAAAAAACACGGGAAGAGGUUGAAAACACUAGUUGUUUUACUCGCAAUUCUUUCCGGGAUGGCAGCAGUAAUCUUCAUUCUAAGAAUAUCUAACGCCAUUAUUGGUGUCAUCAUGGAUAAAUUCAUUGAAACUUACACAUGGUUCAUCAUGCAGACGAGUAUCAGGAUCCUUGAAAUAACGAGCGCAAUUGUUAUUCUCCUUGUUUUCCAUAAAGACAGCAAAAAGGGAAAGAAUUGUGCUGACGACGGAGAUAGGACUAAGCAUUGAAAGUUGAAGAAAUAAGACAAUGAAAGACCUCGGCAUUUAUGAGGAAGACAAGUUGGACAAAAGUGAAGUUAUAGGUAAAAAAAGAUCAAAGUUCACCAAUUUGUUUCAGCGUUUAGCUUGAGAACAUAGCACAGUGAGAAGUGAAUAAAAAACGUAAGUUGAAGGAGAGAAAGAAUAGUGAGAUGAAUUCGAGAACGUGUAGAGAGGUGCACCUGCAUCUUGUUUGAGAUUUCAGUUUUCAUGUUAAAAUCUUGUGUAUUAUCUCGUACAAUUUAUUUAAUCCAUGUACUUUAUGUGUAAAGGUUACCUCAACCAAUACAAAAAUUAAUUUAGCAAAGGCAAUACAUAAAUUGAUGGCUGGGAUAACUAUAUACAAUUAUACACAAUUCUCCACGUAGAUCUAGUUUGCGUCGCUUAAAUAUAUUAUUGUGUAAAUCAAAGAUAAUCAUGUUAAUAUUUUUACAUUGAGUAAAAAGUAUGAAUUACGUAGAAAGAUGUAAAUAGAGCAUUUAAUAUCAUAAUUUUGCCGCCACCAAAGUGUGAAACGUUCUUCGGUAAAAUAAAUGUAAUUGUAGCGCAUUAGUAAUUGUUAUAAAGAUGAGAAAAAUUACAAUAUAUGAUCACGUGGAACACCA